AUGUUCAAACUCGCUUGCGUUUGCCUCCUUGCUCUGUCGGCAUUUGCAGCAACCGUUGAGGAGGAGAAAAAUGUGAUCGUCCUCACCAAGGAUAACUUCGAUGAGGUUAUCAACGGUCAUGAGUUUGUUCUUGCCGAGUUCUACGCUCCUUGGUGCGGUCACUGCAAGGCUCUAGCCCCCGAGUAUGAGAAAGCCGCAACCCAACUCAAGGAGGAAGGAUCCGAAAUCAAGUUGGCGAAACUCGAUGCCACCGUUCACGGUGAUGUUGCCAGCAAGUUCGAGGUCCGAGGAUAUCCAACGCUGAAACUGUUCCGCAAUGGAAAACCCUCUGAAUACACCGGUGGACGUGACGCUGCGUCAAUUGUCGCUUGGUUGAAGAAGAAGACUGGACCGGUUGCGAAGACCCUCAAGACGGCCGAUGACGUUAAGUCCCUGCAAGAGGAGGCUGAUGUCGUCGUUGUCGGAUACUUCAAGAAAGCCGAUGGCGAUAAGGCGAAGGUCUUCCUCGAGGUCGCUGCUGGAAUCGAUGACAUUCCAUUCGGAAUCUCCACUGAAGAUGCCGCUAAGAAGCAGCUCGAGCUCAAAGAGGAAGGAAUCGUCCUCCUCAAGAAGUUCGAUGAAGGACGUGAUGUGUUUGAUGAGAAGCUCACUGCUGACAACCUCAAGACCUGGAUCCAGGCCAACCGUCUCGCCCUUGUGUCCGAAUUCACUCAGGAAACCGCAUCCGUCAUCUUCGGUGGAGAGAUCAAGAGCCACAACCUAUUGUUCGUCUCAAAGGAAUCGAGCGAGUUUGAGAAGCUUGAGAAAGAGUUCAAGAACGCCGCCAAGCAAUUCAAGGGCAAGGUUCUGUUCGUUUACAUCAACACCGAUGUCGAAGACAAUGCCCGUAUCAUGGAGUUCUUCGGCCUCAAGAAGGACGAUCUGCCAGCUGUCCGUCUGAUCUCUCUCGAAGAGGAUAUGACCAAAUUCAAGCCCGACUUCGCUGAAAUCAACACCGAAAACAUUGUCAAAUUCACGCAGUCGUACCUCGACGGUGCCCUCAAGCCCCACCUCAUGUCCGAGGAGAUCCCCGAAGACUGGGACAAGGCACCAGUCAAGGUUCUCGUCGGAAAGAACUUCGAACAAGUUGCUCGCGACAACACCAAGAAUGUGCUCGUCGAGUUCUACGCUCCAUGGUGCGGCCACUGCAAGCAGCUUGCUCCUACCUGGGACAAGCUCGGAGAGAAGUACGCUGAUCACGAGAACAUCAUUAUUGCUAAGAUGGACGCUACUGCCAACGAGGUUGAGGACGUGAAGGUGCAGUCAUUCCCGACGAUCAAGUUCUUCCCAGCUGGAUCAAACAAGGUCAUCGACUACACUGGUGACAGAACUCUUGAAGGAUUCACGAAAUUCCUCGAGAGUGGUGGCAAGGAAGGUGCUGGACCAUCUGACGAUGAGAAGGCUGCUGAAGAGGCCGAGGAAGAGGUUCACACUGAGCUCUAA